CCCCGCCCCCCGGCCGGCCCGGCCGCGCCGCUCCCGCCCCCUCCGGCUCCCCACCCCCGCGCCCGCCCCGCGGGCUGCCCUUCCUGACCCGGGCCCGCCCCCGGCGCCCACCAUGUACGCCUUUGUGCGGUUCCUGGAGGACAACGUCUGCUACGCGCUGCCCGUGUCGUGCGUGCGCGACUUCAGCCCCCGCUCGCGGCUGGAUUUUGACAACCAGAAGGUGUACGCCGUGUACAGGGGCCCGGAGGAGCUGGGCGCCGAGCCCGAGAGCCCCUCGCGCGCCCCCCGCGACUGGGGAGCGCUGCUGCUGCACAAGGCCCAGAUCCUGGCGCUGGCAGAGGGAAGCUAUGAUAUCCUUGUCCUAUCUGAACCAUCACUGAACAGGAUAAGGAAGACUCAGACACCAGGCACUCGAGGCCCUCUCUGGCCAGGUGACAGAGAAGACAAAUCUGACCUUGAAAACAGUGUGAUGCAGAAGAAAAUUAAAAUCCCCAAACUUUCCCUCAGUCACAUAGAAGAAGAUGGGGAGGUUAAAGAUUAUGGGGAAGAAGACUUACAGCUUAGACACAUCAAGAGACCUGAGGGGCGGAAGUCGAACGAAGUGGCGCACAAGAGCAUCGAGGCUGUGGUGGCCCGGCUGGAGAAGCAGAAUGGCCUGAGCCUGGGCCACGGCACAUGUCCAGAAGAGGUCUUCAUGGAGGCCUCACCAGGCAUGGAGGACAUGGACAGUCUGGAGGAUGCAGUCGUGCCCCGCGCUCUGUACGAGGAGCUUCUGCGCAACUACCAGCAGCAGCAGGAAGAGAUGCGCCACCUCCAGCAAGAGCUGGAGCGGACUCGGAGGCAGCUAGUACAGCAGGCCAAGAAGCUCAAGGAGUACGGGGCACUCGUGUCUGAAAUGAAGGAACUCCGAGACCUCAACCGGAGGCUCCAGGAUGUGCUGCUCCUGAGGCUUGGCAGUGGUCCCGCCAUUGACUUGGAAAAAGUAAAGUCAGAAUGUCUCGAUCCCGAGCCGGAGUUACGGAGCACUUUCAGUGAGGAAGCAAAUACGUCGUCUUAUUACCCUGCUCCUGCACCUGUCAUGGACAAGUAUAUCCUAGACAAUGGCAAGGUCCAUCUGGGAAGCGGGAUUUGGGUUGAUGAGGAGAAAUGGCACCAGCUACAAGUAACCCAAGGAGAUUCCAAGUACACAAAGAACUUGGCAGUCAUGAUUUGGGGAACAGAUGUUCUGAAGAACAGAAGCGUCACAGGAGUUGCCACAAAAAAAAAGAAAGAUGCAAUCCCUAAGCCACCCCUCUCACCUCACAAACUAAGCAUUGUCAGAGAGUGUUUGUAUGACAGAAUAGCACAAGAAACUGUGGAUGAAACUGAAAUUGCACAAAGACUCUCCAAAGUCAACAAGUACAUCUGUGAAAAAAUCAUGGAUAUCAAUAAGUCCUGUAAAAAUGAAGAACGAAGGGAAGCAAAAUACAACUUGCAAUAAACUUUGGAUUUUUCAUAAA